GGGUUUAGCUUUUGAUGCGGAAUGGCUCGAGUGUUCGAGUACUUCGUGGUAUGCGGAAUUGGGCCGGAGAUUCGGACGCUAGACGGGCAAAGAGGUUACCAUGGAACAGGGUCCAUGUACCUUGCUUCCCUUCUGGAUCAGUACCCGCCUCCCAAUCACUCUCUCUAUCCUCCUCCUCCUCCUCAGUUGUCUACUUGUGUUCUACCAGCUGGCGUGGAAUUCUACCCAUCUGGAUUUGACUCUAACAAUCUAUUAACUUUUCCAAAGAGUUAUCCUAUUGUUUUAACUGAGGGUGAUGGGUCGAAGAUUUAUGUUAGUUGCAUUGCAUUCCGAGAUCUUGUUUGCGAGGAUAUUGCUGAUGCUUAUCGUAUUCCUGCAAAUUCAUUUGCUGAUAAAUGCAUCUGCCUUGUUUCACGUUUACCUAGCUUCAGAAUUCUACGAGAUGCUCUGGAGGAAAUUUUCGCACUUUGCUUUUCUUCCUAUGGAAGUAGCAAGCCAUUGUGGGAAGUCAUAGCGAAUGUUGUCUCUAAUGUACCUUUGCCUAAUCCUGGGAGGGAUAAGGUGCUGUUCUCGGUGGAGAAUAGUCUGCUUUGUGUUGAGGUUCCGCCAAAAGAUGGGCUUCCCCAUGCUGAUAUAUCAUUCCAGCCUUUGGUUCAAUGUUUGGAUGUUGACAAUGUAAUCAAGCUAUUUACUGCGGUAUUACUCGAAAGGCGGAUUUUACUUCGAUCAGACAAGUAUUCUCUUUUAACUCUUGUAUCAGAGGCAAUCUGCCAUUUGAUUUAUCCAUUUCGAUGGCAGCAUGUCUACAUUCCAUUACUCUUUUUCAGUGGAGUAGACUAUAUUGAUGCACCUACACCAUAUAUGAUGGGACUUCAUUCUGGUGUGGAUACAUCUGGCCUUAUGUUGGAUGGUGUAGUGAUUGUAGACCUUGAACAUAAUCGCAUCAUAACAUCUGAGGAAAUCCCCCCUGCACCAGAGCCUGAGUACAGCACUUUGCGGCGUGAGAUUAUGAAGCUGUUGUGUCAAAAUGUUGUAGAAAUAGACCAGCUGAAGUCCAGGAUGGGUACUGCAAUUGAACAGAAUCUAAGAGGUGGCAACAGGCUAUGGGGGGGAGACCAUGAUCUUCUGCUGAGGUUCAUAUUUUUAAAAUUCCUGGCUUCAAUAUUAGGUGGCUACCGCAAUUUUAUAGAAAAUAAUGCAACUCAGAUCUUCAACACUCAAGCUUUCUUAAAGAAACGCUCUCGGUCAACCAAUCAACCGCCAGACCCAAUGAUAAGUCAGUUUUUAGAGUCUCAAGGUUUCAUGGAUUACUUGGAGAGAGGUCUUGGUUCAGAAGAAAGUAGUAACAAUCUCCUAGAUAAGUUGCAAGAUGCCAUCGGCAGGGAUCAGAAACCCUUAUCCGUUCUUCCAGCACUGCAGUCAGAGCCAGAGAUUUUAACUAUAUCUGACCUGGGUGUUGCAGCAGCAGGAUCAGGUGCCAAACAUUGUUACGACAGGUUUCCUCCAGGCGUAAGAACAGAAGAGCAGGAUGAGAAAAGGAAGCAAGCUCUAGCCACAGCAAGUGGAGCACUUGAAUAUUCAGGAAGGCAUACUCCUAGUUCACCAACGGAACGUGCGGGUAAAGAUUCAAGAUCUGAGAGUCUAAGUCCAAGGGAGAGAGCAGCAGAGAGAGAGCGCAUGGUUUUGGAUAUAAAAGUAAAGCUACAGGGACUAUGGCUACGCCUCUUGAAGUUGGGUGCUACUGAUGAUCCUCUAUCGUCAUUUGAAUAUGGAACUAUCCUUGCUUUAAUCGAGUCUGAUGCAGAGGGGAUUGGUGGUAGUGGCUUUGUUGAAUGUAUAAGAGAGCAUAUAUAUUCGGGAUGGAGCUGUGAAUUGACUGAGGAGCAGUUUAUCGCAGUGAAGGAACUGCUAAAAACAGCUAUUAGCCGUGCUACUUCCCGUAAUGAUAUGGCAACAGCCAGAGAUGCCCUUGAAGUCUCUGCUGAAAUGUACAAAAAAGAUGUGAGCAAUGUCUCUGACUUUGUUCAAAGACAUCUUCGAUCACUUUCUAUCUGGGAGGAAUUGCGCUUUUGGGAAGGGUACUUUGACUUUCUACUCGAUAGAUAUUCUAGCAAGUCAACAAAUUACGCGAUGUUAGUAACAACCCAGCUUAUUGUUGUUGCGACUCACAUGGCUGGCCUUGGACUUCAUGACAAUGAUGCGUGGUACAUGAUUGAAACAAUAGCUGGGAAAAAUAACAUCAGUUAUAAGCAUAUUAUAAAACUUAGGGGAUAUCUAUCACAUAUCCGACAAAUGUUCAUUGGUUACUGGGGAAUAUACUCAGUCAAGUCGCAAGCUGCAUCAGCCAUUGGUCUACCCUCCCCACGCAAAGAUACCACAGAUGAUGCUCAACAACCAGCUGAGGUAUCAGGCGUUGGGCGCAGCUGGGUGCAGAGCAUGUUUAGCAGGGAGUCAUCGCUGAGAGCCAACUCAUUUAGUCGGGUUCGCAAGUGGGCUUCUGAUAGUGGUUCUACAGCCUCUGAUGAGAAUGGUGAUCCUCGAAAACAAGAGUUGCCUGCAGCUGGACAAAAGAAACUUCAUACUAGCAUUCGUAUGCUUAGAGGCCACACCGGAGCAGUUACUACCAUACAUUGUGUGACAAAAAGAGAGGUUUGGGAUCUAGUUGGGGAUCGUGAGGAUGCAGGUUUCUUUAUCAGUGGAAGCACCGACUGCACGGUUAGGAUAUGGGACCCCAGCCUCCGUGGUUCUGAACUUAGAGCAACACUCAAAGGGCAUUCUAGGACUGUGAGGGCAAUUAGCUCUGAUAGAGGGAAAGUUGUAUCAGGAUCUGAUGACCAGACUGUUCUUGUCUGGGAUAAGCGGACAACUCAGCUACUUGAAGAAUUGAAGGGCCAUGAGGCACAGGUCAGCUGUGUGCGCAUGUUGUCAGGUGAACGAGUUCUUACAGCUGCUCAUGAUGGAACUGUAAAGAUGUGGGAUGUGAGAACCGACACCUGUGUGGCUACUGUGGGUCGUUAUCCAGGUGCUGUUCUCUGUAUGGAAUAUGAUGAUUCAACAGGAAUCUUGGCUGCUGCAGGAAGAGAUAUGGUUGCGAACAUUUGGGACAUUCGUGCAGGAAGGCAGAUGCACAAGCUAGUAGGUCACACUAAAUGGAUUAGGUCAAUUAGAAUGGUUGGUGAUGUGGUGAUUACUGGCAGUGAUGAUUGGACUGCACGGAUGUGGUCUGUUUCUCGAGGGACAUGUGAUGCAGUUCUAGCCUCCCAUGCCGGUACCAUCCUAUGUGUGGAGCACUCUGUGCAGGAUAAAGGGAUAAUAACAGGUUCAAUUGAUGGCCUUCUCCGGUUCUGGGAAUGUGAUGAUGGUGGUGCCAGAUGUGUGAAGAAUGUUACAAUUCACACCGGCUCCAUAUUAUCCAUAAAUGCUGGAGAACACUGGCUAGGAGUAGGGGCAGCUGAUAAUUCAAUGUCUCUCUUUCAUCGACCUCAAGAGAGGCUUGGUACCUUAUCUGCCACUGGCUCUAAGACCGCUGGAUGGCAGCUGUACAGGACUCCACAGAAAACACCUGCUAUGGUACGAUGUAUUGCUUCAGAUCUUGAAAGGAAAAGGAUUUGCAGUGGCGGGCGCAAUGGGAUGCUUAGGUUGUGGGACGCCACAAUUAACAUCUAAGUUCUCCAUUCGCGUAUCUUGUAUUUAGUUCCGUGAACCUUUGCAGCAUAGCCUUUCCUGUUGCAUCUGUUAUCAGCGGCCAAAGCAGCUUGUAUCCGUGUCACAACUCUCGCAGCACCCCCAAGUGGUAUUUGAGGUGUACAUACUUUUUAGUCCAAAGAAUUUGGUUUAUUAUGAUGAAGUGGUCAAGAUUUACUUGGAUUUGUGUUUUUCUCCCUUUUUCCACUAAAUCUAUCUUUCUUUAGAUUUUUUUAGCAAGCACGACCUCAAACAUGAGAGAGUUCCAAUUGAUCAUUGUGAACUUAAUUUUCAAUUAAUCAAAUCCUUUACCGUCUUUUCUU